UCUCUAGGAAAGGAAGAAAAAGUUUGAGAAGGACAGUGAGAAGUUUUAUUCCAUGCUGGAUCGUCAUUUGCAUUUAUCAUCUAAGAAGAAAGAGUCCCAGUUACAGGAGGCUGACUUACAGGUUAAUAAAGAGAGACACAAUUUCUUUGAGUCGUCCCUGGAGUAUGUGUACCAGAUCCAGGAAGUGCAGGAGAGCAAGAAGUUCAGUAUCGUGGAGCCAGUGUUGGCCUUUCUUCACAGCCUCUUUACAUACAACAACCUGACAGUCGAACUCACACAGGACUUCCUCCCUUAUAAACAGCAGCUUCAGCUCAGCCUACAGAAUACGAGGAAUCACUUUUCCAGCACACGAGAGGAGUUGGAAGACCUGAAGAAAAGGAUGAAAGAAGCUCCUCUGACCUGCAAGCUACCCGGGAAGCCAACCAUAGAGGGUUAUCUGUACACUCAGGAGAAAUGGGCACUGGGCAUAUCUUGGGUGAAAUAUUAUUGCCAGUAUGAGAAGGAGUCCAAGAUGCUAAGGAUGACUCCAGUGGAGCAGAAGUCUGGAGCUAAGCAAGGCACCUCAGACUUGACACUGAAGUCCUGCGUAAGGAGAAAGACUGAUUCUAUAGACAAGAGGUUUUGUUUUGAUAUUGAGACGAAUGAAAGGGCUGGGACUAUCACAUUGCAAGCACUUUCAGAAGCUAAUAGACGGCUAUGGAUGGAGGCCAUGGAUGGAAAGGAGCCAAUCUACCACAGUCCCAUCACAAAACAGGAAGAAAUGGAGCUGAAUGAGGUUGGCUUUAAGUUUGUAAGGAAAUGCAUCAAUGCAGUAGAGACCAAAGGGAUCACUACCGAGGGAGUGUACCGAACAGUUGGCAGCAAUAUCCAGGUGCAGAAGUUGCUGAAUGCCUUCUUUGAUCCAAAAUGUCCAGGGGAUGUAGAUCUCCAAAACAGCGACUGGGACAUCAAGACAAUUACCAGCUCAUUGAAAUUCUACCUCAGGAAUCUAGCUGAACCUGUCAUGACGUACAGACUCCAUAAAGAGCUGGUCUCGGCUGCGAAGUCUGAGAACCUGGAUUACAGGCUGGGAGCCAUUCACUCUCUGGUUUAUAAACUACCCGAGAAGAAUAAAGAGAUGUUGGAACUCCUCAUACGACACCUGGUCAACGUGUGUGAGCACAGCAGGGAGAAUCUGAUGUCCCCAUCCAACAUGGGGGUUAUAUUCGGCCCCACUCUUAUGCGGGCGCAGGAGGACACGGUCGCUGCCAUGAUGAAUAUUAAGUUCCAAAACAUUGUGGUUGAGAUCCUUAUCGAGCACUUUGACAAGAUCUACUCCAGCCCACCUGAGGACAGUGCUGCCCCCCCAGUGCCUCCUCCCAGGGUAGCUGCCCGAAGGCACAAACCCAUCACAAUUUCCAAGCGCCCGCUGAGGGAAAGACCUGUCUUUUAUGGUGGUUCCCUGGAAGAAAAUCAAGGUGACAGCCAUGACCAGACGCCUAAUGGUACCAUCAUCCCUAAUAGCACAGAAGCCCCCAAGCCACUACAUCGCAGCAGACUGCCUACACAGAGAGCAGGGGAGGCUGAUCCUGGAAGGCCUGGCUCAGAGAGCAAGCAUGAACAGUACUCUGAAGUGGUUGUGGGAAAGCUGGUGUCCAAGCUGCAGGAUGGGGGAGCUAAGCUUGCCAACAAGGCCGCAAACGGAGUGGUGACUGGCACCACUGCUCUAAAGACCUCCAUUCUCCAUGCUAAGAGGCCUACUCUGAGGCCCGUGAUAUACAGCAAGGAGGGUGAAUACGACACCUUCACUAAAGCCCGAUCCCCUGGAGAUAAGCCAGUGAUAACACGGCCACCAGUGAGACCUCCAGACCCUCCGUGCAGAGCUCCUCCAUCCCAAAAGCUGGAGCAGAAGCCUGAGCCAAUAGCAGGAGGAGCGGAGGAAAUGCCUUCAUCUGUAGUGGCCUCUAGAACAAAGUUCUUCGAGACAGCUUCCCGGAGGACAAGCAGCUCCUCAUCACCACAAGGCAGACUCCCGAGUGAUGAGAGCUGAGGCUAAAGGCUUUUAUCUGCCUAACCCUGGCUGGCUCCAGGAGAUUUUCUCUGCUUCUGAAAUGGACUCACCUGCUCUCUAGACUGUUUCAAUCUGUGUGAUGUGAUCCUGGAGUGCACCUAUCCCCGUUGGACGCUGCCUGUGGAGCAUACUGUUGUGAAUAGCUCAUGCGGUUACAAGAGAAGGGGAUGAAAUAGGAGGAAGACCCAGGCCUUGUCCCUGUUAAAUUAAAUGUUUGUUUUGGGCCAUUUUGCCACAGCUCCCCUAGCUCCUGCCUUGGGCAGCAUGUAAAGGACACUUGUUAUGUCUAAGGAGGGUGAUAAAUGGUGAGUCUGACAGAGUGGUGAGAGCAGACCUAAUCUACAGAACUGAGCGGAGGGCAGGCCAUAGAAGGAAUAGGAACAAGCACUUAAAGCAAUCUGCCCUCCAACCCUCUGGAAAUUCCACUCUGGAAAGACAUUGAGCUUGGAUGGAUGUGCAGUCAAAAUGCAAGCGACCAAUACCCAGAGCUUGGGUACCUGGAUGUGACAAGCUGACAUCUGAAUCAGACCUUUUUGCUGUUGGAACCUUCUUGCCAUUGACAUGUUGUUUUAAAAAAACCUGUUUUGAGUGCUAAGUAAACCAUGUUGUGUUGUUUCAGUGGUUAAGGCAUCAGUGUGCAUUAAGAGAAAACUCUGUUAACCAUAUGGGUCCACGUCCUGGUUCCACUGCAGGCCAGUGUUCAGCCCAGCAUACAUAUAGCUGUGCAAUGUUCAGUCUUCCUACCAUUCCCCGCAGAUCUAAGGCAGCACCUUGCCAAUUUCUGAUCUUGCUUACAUGCUGCAAGUGUCCUCAAGCCAUUUCCAGGAGCCAGUGUUCUGUUAGUCAGGUGCCUUUGUGGAGCUGCUCCCUGAUUUCCCAUUGCUUGGAAGAAAAGGUUUCAUGUUGUUACAAACACCCCUCCAUAAAGUUAGUGGGUGUGAAACCAAACCAGACCUCUAUGCCGUGUAUUCCAGCUGGGCCUAGUGCACAAAUACUGACUUGCCAAAGGACCACUGCAGCGCAUGCAAUUCGCUGAUGCUUUCAGAGCUGUCUUCAUUGCCUGUCUCUGUGCAGCUAAUGUGAAAUCCUGCUUUAUUAAUGAAUGUACUUCUGUUUUUUGCAGGAAAUGACAGUGGUGUGUGAAUAGUGUGCCUGUUCCCUUAGACUGCAGUCCUGUGCUCAGAGCUGGCAAUCCCAGAGGUGUGCUUGUAGCAGUGUCAGAUACAGGUGGCUUCUAAAAAAGUGAUGUAAACAUCGAUAUUACAUCAUGCACAUCCGUGUCUCUGGGCUUUCAGAGCAUGUGAUCAGCCAGUCCAGUUCCUCCAUGACACACUUUUGUGAUUAGAAGAAAAUAACUAUCAACAUUAAAAAAAGUAACAGCCUCUUUAGGUGCGGUUGUUAAAAAUGCACAAAGGUAAGGUGGCCCAACUGCAAGUGUGGAUACUGGAAACAGAGCUAGUGGUACAGUGCUUUCACCUGUAUCAGAAUUACACUAAUCUUGUGGGGAAUCUUCUCCAGAGUCUAUGGACCAAUUUCAUCUGGUAUCAGUGGAGCUGAACCUUUUUAAUGCAGAUCCUUUUAAUCCAAGGACAGAGGACACAAAACCACCAUUCUGCCACUGAGAAUUUAGUCACCAUUUUGGCCACGACUCUCAGAGAGAGAGAGAGAGAGAGAGAGAGAGAGAGAGUGUGUGUGUGUGUGUGUGUGAGAGAGAGAGAGAGAGAGAGAUCAGACAAUAUUUCCAGACAUGCCCUCUAAUUUUGGGUGCCCAGUUUUGAGACACCAGCGGCCAAAAUUCCUGAAGUCAAACAGAGCUGCAAAUGCUCAGCAGCAUUAAAACCCAGCCCCCAAGUAUCUAAAUAUUAGUCACUCAGAACGAGAGCCAGCCAGAAUCUGAGGCCCUUUUGAAAUGUACUCUUAAUCAUUCUUCCCAGCGCUGCAACUGUACAGAUCAAUCUUCUGUAUGCAGAAGGAAAUAAAGAAACAGAGCCAGAUUCAUUUGUCUUGCAGAAGAUAUCUGUGGUAUGGUUUCUGGGGGACAAAUUGCUAUUUGUUCAUGGGAAAAAGAAUGUGACCCAGCACAAGAGGUUUGUUUUUCAAAUUUCUAGUUAAUUCUAAACAACGGUGGGUAGCAGCGAAUGAACUGCACUUCUCUCUGUCAUGUGCUUUUUUCCUCCAUAAGCACAGUUGUAUGCUGGGAUGAGUGUGACAUGGCUUUAAUACGUACGGUCUUGCAGAUGAGGGUUUGAGGGACAUUCCCUCAUGUCUGUGACCAUGAACAAAGCAACUGGAAGAAAGCUGGGGAUUCAGCACUGCUGUUCUGAAUUUUAAGGUGCCAUGUGACAUCAAACAUGAUCUAUUUUGUCUUGUAAAAAGGUUAGAUUAGCUGUGAUGUUCAAGUUUCCAUGAAGUAAAAACCUAGGACACAUGUCCUUCAAAGUG